ACAUCGGCUCAGUAGUGGAGCGACCAUCGCGCGGUACGUUUCGUCCGCCGCGCGUCCCCGUGUCCGGCACGCACCGCGCCGCCUCGCGCCGACACCGCCGCGGCCGCUGCCGGCUCCGCUCGCGCUAAACUUGUGCUAUGUGAACCGUGCCUAGUGUACACCCGAAACAUAUGAAUCUAUGGAUUGCCAACUACUUUUUCAACUUUAUUUAAAUUGCCUGCACUAGUUCCUGAAUGUGAUAUGAUAAUACGUGGGCAGGUUGCAAAUGUAAUGCGAAUGGCGCCCGUGUGGUGCAGCGGUGCAGUGGCGACGUGAGGCCCGGCUGCAGUGCUGUACGCGCGAUGGUGCCCGCCCUCACGCUGGCGCUGGUCGCCGCGCUCGCCGCCGCCGCCGGCGGUGGAAACGUCGCCGCUUACCAUGAGCACCUGCGUCGCAUCAGAAGAUCGUCAGUAGUGGCGGUGGAGCCGAGUGAAGUGGCGGGCGGCACGGGCGGCACGGGCGGGCCGCCGGGCACCGCCGACAUGGUGCUGGACGAGGUGGACGUGGCGCAGAUGGCCGAGAUGGCGGAGGUGCCGGCGUGGCGCGACCUCUGGUACGGCUCGCUGGACGCGCUGCACAUCCUGCGCGAGCCCACCAUCAACAACACCCAGGAGGACGUGCUGGUGCAACUAGGCGCCGUCGCCUUCCUGCAUUGCCCUGUACGCAACCUCGGCGAAAGAGGAGUGUCGUGGGUGCGUCGUCGGGACUGGCAUAUCAUCAGCUCCGGUGUCCUCAUGUACACCAACGACGAGCGCUUUCAAGUGCUGCACAGCGAAGGCUCCGACGACUGGAUCCUGCAAAUAAAAUACGUGCAAAAGCGCGACAACGGCACUUAUGAGUGUCAGGUGUCGACGGGGUCGGGCACGCUGUCGCGGCUGGUGCACCUGCACAUCGCGGUCCCGGAGGCGUUCAUCCUCGGCGCCGACGAGCACCACGUCGACGCCGGCUCCACCAUCAACCUCGUCUGCAUCAUUGAAAAGAGCCCGGUGCCGCCGCAGUACGUGUUCUGGUACCACAACGCGCGCAUGAUCAACUACGACGCGGCGCGCGGCGUCACCGUGGUGACCGAGCCCGGCCCCAAGACGCAGUCCACGCUCGCCAUCCGCGCCGCCGGCCCGCAGCACUCCGGCAACUACACCUGCUGCGCGGCCAACACCGAGCCCGCACACAUCUACGUCUUCGUCUCGGAGGGCAGUGACAAGAUGGCAGCGACGCUCAGCCGCAACACGAACGCGUCGCAGCAGGCGGCGGCGGCCAGCCCGAGCGCGCUGCUGCUCCUCGGCGCCGCCGCGGUGCUGGCGCGCGGCCCGCCGCCCCGCCGCUAGCCACGUACACGUACACGUACACGUACACGUACACGUACAUAGUGCGCCCGAUGUAACACUGCACGUGUCGCACAACUCUAUUCAUUGCAGCGUCCGUUAUUCUUUAUGUACAUUACGCAAAGUUAUUGGACGUGAUGAUGUGUCGAUAUCGUUACUGGUAAGCGACGACGACGACGUUCAAACACCGGUGAUACGAUUGUUGUUAUACAUUUCGUUGCUCACGAAAAAAGAGGUUGUUUAAUAAUUUACUAAAUUAUUAUGUUUUACAAAUUAUUAGGACUUCAAAUGGUAUAAUUGUAUAAGUGAAAUAUUGUACAUAUAAAUACAUACAAAAACAAAUGAACGUUUCAUUCUCUCCAAGCAAACCUGCGCAGUGUCUACGACUGUCGAUCGGUCUGUGAUGACUCGGAAGUGCGACGAGCGCUCCGUGGACGUUGGUGGAAGUUGAAAGAUUUAUAGCAAUCAUGAUGUUAAGAAUUAUUGUUUACUGUUAAGAUUUUACGACUCGAACACUCGCCUUUUGGGCAGGCGGUCGAUCAAAUAAAUAAAUAAAUGUAUGUAUAUUGUAAAUACCUAUUCUCUAUUUGUAGAGACUAUCUUUAUACUCUCUACCGGAUCCUACUUGUAAAUACAAUGGUUGAUUAAAUAUUACGAUGAUAUUAUAGUUGUAUAAAUAAAUUAAUUAUAUGAAGA